GUGCUACCAAAGAUCUGUCUUAUUUGGCAGCUGCUGCCUCACCCACAGCUUUUGAUAUCUAGGAGGACUCUUCUCUCCCAAACUACCUGUCACCAUGGCCCACCGAUUUCCAGCCCUCACCCAGGAGCAGAAGAAGGAGCUGUCAGAAAUUGCCCAGAGCAUUGUUGCCAAUGGAAAGGGGAUCCUGGCUGCAGAUGAAUCUGUAGGUACCAUGGGGAACCGCCUGCAGAGGAUCAAGGUGGAAAACACUGAAGAGAACCGCCGGCAGUUCCGAGAAAUCCUCUUCUCUGUGGACAGUUCCAUCAACCAGAGCAUUGGGGGUGUGAUCCUUUUCCACGAGACCCUCUACCAGAAGGACAGCCAGGGAAAGCUGUUCAGAAACAUCCUCAAGGAAAAGGGGAUCGUGGUGGGAAUCAAGUUAGACCAAGGAGGUGCUCCUCUUGCAGGAACAAACAAAGAAACCACCAUUCAAGGGCUUGAUGGCCUCUCAGAGCGCUGUGCUCAGUACAAGAAAGAUGGUGUUGACUUUGGGAAGUGGCGUGCUGUGCUGAGGAUUGCCGACCAGUGUCCAUCCAGCCUCGCUAUCCAGGAAAACGCCAACGCCCUGGCUCGCUACGCCAGCAUCUGUCAGCAGAAUGGACUCGUACCUAUUGUUGAACCAGAGAUAAUUCCUGAUGGAGACCAUGACCUGGAACACUGCCAGUAUGUUACUGAGAAGGUCCUGGCUGCUGUCUACAAGGCCCUGAAUGACCAUCAUGUUUACCUGGAGGGCACCCUGCUAAAGCCCAACAUGGUAACUGCUGGACAUGCCUGCACCAAGAAGUAUACUCCAGAACAAGUGGCUAUGGCCACCGUAACAGCUCUCCACCGUACUGUUCCUGCAGCUGUUCCUGGCAUCUGCUUUUUGUCUGGUGGCAUGAGUGAAGAGGAUGCCACUCUCAACCUCAAUGCUAUCAACCUUUGCCCUCUACCAAAGCCCUGGAAACUAAGUUUCUCUUAUGGACGGGCCCUGCAGGCCAGUGCACUGGCUGCCUGGGGUGGCAAGGCUGCAAACAAGGAGGCAACCCAGGAGGCUUUUAUGAAGCGGGCCGUGGCUAACUGCCAGGCGGCCAAAGGACAGUAUGUUCACACGGGUUCUUCUGGGGCUGCUUCCACCCAGUCGCUCUUCACAGCCUGCUAUACCUACUAGGGUCCAGUGCCCGCCAGCCUAGCUCCAGUGCUUCUAGUAGGAGGGCUGAAA